AAGUUUCAAAUUGUUUCAGAAUUUUUAAAAAUUGAAAAAAGGAGGAAAAUUAAUUUUUUUGUUUGUUUAGUAACAAUUAAAUGAUUUUUAUGUUACGAGUUUUAUUUGAUAUUUCACACAAAAGAAAUAAGGAAUGAGUAUACGUCACUGCUGAAUUGAAUUGACUGAAAUAGUUGGUAUUCAUCUUCAUUUCAACUUUCACUUCCAUGUCUCUGUUCCCCUAUAUUUUGUUCGAAAAAAACGACAACCUGUUACGCACUCAUGCAUUAUGUGCUCAAUCAAAAAGUCAAUAGGAGAAGGAAAAUCAUAAUAAAUUAAAAGAAAAAAUAUGUGAUAAAAAAUAAAUUUUCAUAUAAAUUGUUGACAUAUUUUUUUUUUUUGUCACGGAUAAAAUUAAAGGACGAGAAAAUGAAAAAAAACAUAUUAAUAAUAUGAAGAAGAAGACGAGUUUUAUUUUAAUAAAUAAACAAAUAAAAUUGAAAUAUAAGGUUUUUAUAUAAAAAAAAAUCUUAUGGCUUUUAAUUGUGGAUAAAAAUUUUACAUCUUAAUAAUGUUGAAAUAUUAUUUUCUUUGUUAAAAAUAUAACAAUGAGAAAAGUUUCUUUUCUGAAAAUUUUCACAGUACUAUAAAAUUAAGAAUUUUUACAAAUUUUUGUUACAAAAAAAAAGAAAAAAAAUGACAAAUAUUGUGAUAAAAGAGAGAAUAGUUUUUCUUCUGGGAUUUGGAGCCGGAUUUUGCAUCACUCUUUUAAUAUAUUUAAUGAAAUACUCAAUAAUUCCAUACUGUGAUAAUGUAAUGAUAACAAAUCAAAGAACCAGUGUUGAUUACAAUAAUAUCAUUGGAUUAUCCAAAGAUAGUGUAAAAUUUUAUGUUUGGUUAAAAGAAUCGUCCGAAACACUUGACGAAAAUCAUUCUUAUGAAAAAUGGCUACAAAUGCAAAAUACACGAAUCACAGAACUUGAUAUGGAUUCUCAAAAAUAUGACAAUAAAUCUGUGAAGCAAAUAAUAGAAUCAAAAUGGUUAAUGAAAAAUGUUCAUGUAACAUGUGUGAUUUUUGUUGAAAAAUUAAAAUUAGCAGAAACAAUUGCUAAUACAUGGGGUAAACAUUGUAAUAAAUUGUUAUUUUUUGGAAAAGAUUUACAUGAUUUUAAUUUACCUGUGAUAAAAUUUGAUAAUAUAAAAUUUACAUCAUCAUGGCAACUAUUAUGUGAAUCAAUGAAUUAUAUAUGGAAUGAGACAAAAGAAAAUUUAGAAUGGAUUAUAUUUGUUAAGGACGAUACAAUGGUAAUUCCGGAAAAUUUACGAUAUAUCGUGGCGCCAUUGAAUUAUGAACAUGAUUAUUAUCUUGGUCAUGCAGUUUCUUUAUGGGGUCAAAAUUAUAAUGUCGCCGAGGCUGGUUAUGUGCUCAGUAAAUCGGCGUUUGAAAAAAUUGUCAAAAAAUUUGAUAAUUCACAAAAAUGCGCAUCGAGUGGGAAAUUUUGGAAAAAAGAAGAUUUCUAUUUGGGUAAACAUUUACGUUCCAUGGGAAUUAAACCGUCGGAUACAAGGGAUUCUUUGCAAAGAGGAACAUUUCAUGGUUAUUCGUUGCAAAUUUUGUUUUGGGGAAUUGCAAAGCCAGGUCAAUAUUGGACAAGAGCACUUUAUCCACCAGGUGAUGAUUGUUGUUCAACAAGAUCAGUAACGUUCAAUGCUGUUGAUUCUAGUAAAAUGUACACUUUAAAUUAUCUUCUCUAUAAUUUUAAUACUUUCUUGAAACCUGGAAUUCAUGGAAAUAAAUCACCGGCAAGAGUAAAACACGAUGAUGAGGUAUGGAAAAAAGUUUUAAAAGAUGAAUUUGGCAUUGAGAAUAUUACGGAAAUUUCGAAUGAACAAUAUUAUCAACUUUGGCGAAAAAAAUAUUCGGAACCGGAAACAUUUAUGGAAAAUAAAAUCUACAAUCCAUUAUCGUCUUCUUCGAAAGAUUCAACGAAACGUUAAGAUAAAUCUUCAAGUAAAAUUUUAAUAAAUAAUUCGUAAAUUAGUUAUUUUUUAACAAUACUUACGAAAGGUAUUAAGCUUUCAAUUGUUGAAUUAGAUUUAUUUUAUAUUUAAAAAUGAUAUUUUAUUGAGAUGAUUGCGUUCUUUUUUUUUUAAAUCGCAAAUUAUACAAAAUUAUAUUUACAAUUUUUUAGUAGUUAAAAUUUAAAUUUUGUUGCCUCAUGGUUGUGCAACAGAAUGAACUGUUUAUUAUUGAUAAGAAAUGUCUAACAUUGUUUUUUUUUAUUAUUAAUUAUUAGAUAAUAUUUAUUAUUAUUAAUUAUAAAGUACAAAUCUCGAUCUGAUAUUUAUAAAUAACACUGUCCGACAAAAAUCCAUAAAAAGAAAAUUUGAUGGAACAAUGAAAAAUAAUUUUUAUAUCUAUCGAAAGUGAUAAGAAUCAUCCAAUUAUCCGGACAGUGUAAUUAUUAUAAAAAAGACUGCAAGAUUCUUUUGCACUAUUACGAAUUGAAUACGUCCAUUUCAUAAAAUGUAUAACUUUUGAUAUUGUUUUUUUUUUGUAAGGAUUAUUUAAUCUAUUAGUCAAAGAAUUUAACAAUUUGUUAAUUAAUUAACUAUUGUUAAUUAAAUUAUUUAGUCUAUAACUUAAUAAUUAAUUAGUUACAAACGAAUGCAUUAUAAAAAAAAAUAAUUUCCAUAUACGUGCCUUACUAUAAAGUAUAUAAUCUUUAUAAUUGGUUUUUAAAUAAAAAAAAACAAUCCAA